AGUUACACGAACCGAUUCGCCAAAUUGAAUCGGACUCUCCUCUCUCUCUCUCAGGCACACGAAGGGAGCACUACAUCCGGGUAACUGCAGGGGUCCUGACAGCGCGGAAAAAAGCAUUAGCUAAAUAAUCUGAGCAACAUGUCUGGAAGAGAAGGAGGCAAAAAGAAACCCCUUAAGGCUCCCAAGAAGCAGUCAAAGGAGGUGGAUGAUGAGGACUUGGCUUUCAAACAGAAACAGAAAGAGGAGCAGAAAGCAUUGGAACAAUUGAAAGCCAAGGCUGCUGGGAAAGGACCUUUAACUGGAGGUGGAAUCAAGAAGUCCGGGAAGAAAUGAGUGUGAUUUAGUGUAUAUUUGCUUGCUGUUCAAACCACCAACUUAUGAUUUGGGUCCACAAUGGCAAUGUCAAAUGAUUUUUUUUAGUUACUUUAUAUUUCUCUUGUAAAGAAAAAGUUAAAGGAAUAAAGUUUGUAAUGACUGUAAAUUUAAA